AAUCGGCAAGCCUGAAGGUGUGACGUGGGACGCGGAUGCUCCGCCUCCGGAGCUCGGUGAUUGGCCGAGCGGGUGUUGACGGACCAAUCAGUAUUGUUGGCGGGUGUCGGGGGCUGGUGUGGCGGUCAUGACUUGGUGGUCGCCAGUGUAGGUGCGAACGCGCGAUAGGAAGGCCGAGGGCCUAUACGUCCCAAGUGUCAGUCACCACGCCUUGCCUCCUACACCUCUUUACACCCAUUAAAAAAGCUGAAAGCUUUCGUCCCUGAAAUACAACUACUUCUGCUUCGAUAGUGCAAUCUGGAGGCUGUGAGGAGAGUAAUCUAAGUGUGAAGCUCAACCAUUUCCGAAAGAAAAUGUUUUAAGAAAUACUGGUGUGAUUUCGAUAGAUCGUUUUUGGGGAUCAUUUUUUUCUUUUCAGUUCGUAUUACAACACAAAGUUUGAGCUGCCGUGAAUUUAUUUUUUGUUUGUUGUGCCUGGAAAAGAGCCCCUUCGAGGAGCGAGAAGACCGUGACCACGACACCGAAUCGUUUCAGAAGCUCAGUGAAAGAAAAGUAGAAAUUUGGGAGGCUCCUCUUCCUUCGUCUCGCUCACACUCUCUCAGGUCUUGAAAUUCUCCUUCGUCGGUGUGGGUGGAAAGUGUGGUGGGCGUGAUGCGUGGGUGGUGGUGGCGGUGAUGGUGUUUCAGAGUGCGUGUGAGUGAGUGAGAGAGAGUGAGAGUGUGUCGUCUUGCCUCCUCCUCCCCCCCCACUCCUCAUCAGCUGUCCUCAUGCGAUUCGACAAUUCGCAACAGGAGUUUAGCCAACACUUGAACUCCCCGCUCAACUCGCCACCACCUCUAACCCCCGUGGGCGUGGGCGGCAGUAUGGCAUACCACCCGUUCCUCCUCCAAAGACCCACGGACUUUAGUGUCAAUUCGCUCCUAACGCAAUCGCCGUCGUAUCUACCGUCGCUGGGGCUGCCUGCCGCCGCUGCAGCAGCGGCAGCGGCGGGAUCCCCCAAUCCUUACAGCUUCCUCCCGAAGUUCCCCGGUCACUUGGGCCAUCCCUUCACCACCGCCGAGGAUGUCCUCUCGCAAACCCACAUGCGGCCGCUCAGGUCGCUGGUGCCGGAGGAAGACGGGGUGGUGGACGACCCAAAGGUCACCCUCGAGUGCAAGGAUCUGUGGGAGAAGUUUCAUAAACUGGGCACCGAAAUGGUCAUCACGAAAUCCGGCAGACGUAUGUUUCCUGCCUACAAAGUCCGGGUCUCUGGGCUUGACAAAAAAGCAAAAUACAUCUUGCUUAUGGACAUCGUGGCAGCUGACGAUUGCCGAUAUAAAUUUCACAACAGAUUAAAGUAUCUACGCCGAUGGAUGGUCGCCGGCAAGGCGGAUCCGGAGAUGCCAAAGCGGAUGUACAUUCAUCCGGACAGUCCGGCAACGGGUGAACAGUGGAUGCAGAAGGUCGUGUCUUUUCACAAAUUAAAACUCACAAACAACAUAUCCGACAAACAUGGCUUCGGAGGAGCCGAAGCUAAGACGAUCCUCAAUUCCAUGCACAAGUACCAGCCGAGAUUCCACUUAGUCCGAGCAAACGACAUCCUGAAAUUGCCGUAUUCCACCUUCAGGACUUACGUCUUCAAGGAGACUGAAUUCAUCGCCGUCACCGCUUAUCAGAACGAAAAAAUAACGCAACUCAAAAUCGAUAACAACCCGUUUGCGAAGGGAUUCAGAGACAGCGGAGCCGGCAAGAGGGAAAAGAAUUCUACCUUUUGCAGGAACGUGGUCAUGACGCGGGGCACGGAGGAGCAGAAGAUCGACCACCAGAUCGCCCUGCCCAACAUCCGAAACUUCCCGGACAACGCCCCGAUGGACUCCGAGAACCACAAGGACGACGAAGACGACGACGACGAUGAACGCCUUGACGUCGUCGGGACCACCGACUCUCACAGCGAUGCAGCCCAUGAGUUGAUGGACAGUGACGUGUCUGGAGAGGAGACGAAUAACAACGCAGCAGAUGAUUCAGGACGCGAUUCCGUGAAACGCAAGAGCGACCUCGACUCCGACAUGGACGACGCAGGGACACUGGCAGCCCUGAAGAAGGUGGCUUCCGAGAAGGACGAGCCUUCGAGUUCCGGAGGAGCAGACCCUUCGCCCAACAUCAGCGUCGGACCUCCAUUCCAGCCGCCUCACCUCCUCCCGUACUUGUAUCCUCACGGCCUGUAUCCAGGUGCAGCCCAGAGCUUAGCGGGUCUUCAUGGGUUGAUGCUACCCGGUUCUACCCCUGCCGGGCUCAACCCACACAACCUGCAGCUACCCUUACUAGGAGCAGGCUCUGGUGCCCCACAUCAUGGGUCGUCGCCCCUCUCCCCUCCUACGUCCUUGCCCGUAGCCCACAACCUACUGUUAGCCCAUAACCUGCUAGCUGGUGCAGGCCAUCAUCUUCUGGGGUCUCACAACUACCAGGGACUGGCAGGUCUUGCAGUGUCGUCAGGGGGAGGGACGAGCACGGGCAGCAGUUCCCUGAGCGCCGGCCCGCCCACCAGUUCAUCGCCAGCUGCCCCUUCGCCGUUAUUACCAGAUCGUCUAAAGCCGCCUCGAUUCACCCCUUACCUCCCGUCAUCAACAGCCGCCUCUCUCUCCUCCAUGUUAUCCUCCUCUCUCUCAUCGUCACUGUCGUCAUCCUGUCUCACGCCCACACUGUCGUCCUCCUUACUAGGGGAAGCUCCCUUGGGAGGUUCUUCAGCAUUCCAGGCAGUGAGCCCAAAGGCGGGAUCACGGCUGGAAGAAGGCGUCCGUCGGUCCGCUCACGCCGCCUCUGUCGCGUCCGAACUCAAGUCGAUCGAAAAGAUGGUGAACGGACUCGAUCGACGUCCGGAUUUACCUGAUCCCCUUAAAUUAGCUGACAAGUGAGGGCGGGCCCCGCCCAGGGUCACUUCUGCUCACCUCCACACCCACCUGGUGGCCGUCCACGCCCUCAGUGGUGGCUCCGUUUGUUCCUCCAGUCCCCUCUAACCCCCGAGAGUCCUUUCUUCCUCUUCUUCCUUCUCUUUCAUUUCCCCUUCUAUCCAGUCUCUGCCCCGAUGAUACAAACCUCAGUCCCAGGUAAGGGGAUGCAUCCACCAGGAUAUCCCGGGUCGUCACAACCCCUGAGAACUUUUUAAAAAGCAAGAAAACCUAAAAAAAAAAAAAAAAAAAAUAAAAUAGAGAAUUGAAAUCCUACGUGCGUGUGUGCGUGAGCGUAAGGACCAUUUUCAAAGGCCUCAGCAGAAGAAAAAAAAAAUGUUGGCUGGCCUGGCUGAUGUUGAUCCUCUAGGGGCGGCUGUUAUUUUAUUUCCUUCUCAUAGUGUUUCGCCCAAUCCUAAUUUACCAGUGUAAAUGAGAGUGUAAGAGCAAGACUUACGGAACGUCACGAAGAGCACAAAAGAUCCCGUGAAACCCCUCCCGCUGCGUUGAGGUCGGCAGCAGUGUGUUGUAAAUUGCACAUGUAUAUAGUCCCAUACAACUACUUGUUAGUAGAGCGUAUACCAAAGAAGCAGACCGACGACAGCAGCAGCGGCAGUUUCGGGUGUGAUGGAUGAUGGAGAGACGUUUGGUGAAUCUUGCAGAUGAGGAUGCGUGCAUGCAUGUGUCUGUCAGAUGUUGGGAGGAAAGGAAAAGAAAAAAAUGGAAAAGAGGGCGUGCCUCUACAUGCUAAUAAACAUUGUGUCAAGAGUAUGUGAAGUGUCUUAUUGGAUAGACACCAGAAAGAAGUGAGGUGUAAAGCCACGGCAGCGUUCGACAUUUUUUCUAAGCAAGUUGUCUUAUAAAACACAUUUUCAUAGAUUUUUAUUAUAAGAAAGUGUUCAGGUCAGUUUUGCGAAUGUGGAAAAUUUUCGUGGUGGACAGUGACAACUACACAGUUUAAGCCUGGUUGGUUUGAUUAACUGUGAACAACCGACGAGGUAAAAUGACGAACCACGGUUUGGACGCCAUUGUAUAUUAUAUUCACUUGCGAAGCUGAAAAAUAAAUAUGGUGUGUACGAUCGAUAGACUUAGGAAACAGGUAAACUUAACUAAUGUAAACUCUUGCUGGCCUCAAUACCUCAUUGCCCAUCGCCGCUCGCCCUCCCCCCACUCCCUUAGGUGUUUUAACGUGGUUGGAGGUUGCGGCAACACGGAGGAACUUCUAUUAUAAUAAACUAAUAAAAAUGGAGAUCCAGUGAACUCUACUUACUACUACUUAUAUGGUAGUUUCCCAGCUAGCCGCUAGGUGGCUACUGGCGCCCCCCUUCGUGGACGGCGUAAUGGAAAUAUUAUGGUGCUUUGUUUUCUCUGGGUGUCUUCUUCUUUUCAUUUUAAAUGCCUACGACUGAAACUUUUUUGAAAGGAGAGGAUGAAAAUCAUCUAAACAAGCAAGAAAGAUGUAUACAUGAAUCCUACUUGUGAUGAUUACACAAAAUAUGCCUACAAUUAUUAACUGUUGGAAGAAACGCAGUGGAAUUAGACUGAGAAAGAUCAUUUGUUUUCUAACUAUGUGUGUUAUAAAGUUCCAAAUAAUCCUAAAUAAGUUAUGGAUGUGUAAAAUAAAAAAAAAAGUGCUUAGCCUUGGAAGUAAGAAAUUCAAAGAGGAAGUUUUCUUUAAACAAAUCACAACAUUCAUUGAACCCCCUAACUCUGACCCUUCAAUAGUUGAUGAUGAUAUUCAAACGUGGAAUGAUAGAAAGCAACUGAGAAGCCCAAACCUUCUGAGGAAUGAAGUCUCUACUUGCGAUGUUCAACGAAGAACUAGAGAAGGUGGAAUCUUAUAGUUUAAUUGCUCUUCUAUGGGUAGAUAGGACAUCGUGUAUCUAUCAUCAUUUUUUGUUUUUGAAAUGUUCACUUUUUGUCGGAAUGGAGCCGGAAAAAAAUGAUUGAUUGUCGUAAGAAAGCCAUUUUUUAUAUCAUUAUAAAGAGUAUUAAUUAAAUGUCGUUUUAAAAUCUAGCCCAGUGUAUCUGUAGGCUGAGUUUCGAACAACAGAACCAAACAGCGUAACUUAAGAUUUUCAUAUAUAUUUUUCUUUUUCCCAGAAUGAAGUGUAUCAUUUAAAUAGUCAUUUUUAUGUAAACUGCAGCCCAUUGGUCUCAGUAAUAUUGUUUAUAUGAUAAGCUGGUAAUAUUUUCAUUUCAAUCUCGUUUCAUUUUUUGUACAUUUUUUUUUUUCAUUUAUUUCAUUCUUCAUUUCUCUCGAUUCCAUGGCGCUGCUCAUACCAAGACCCUCGCAUUACUAUAUAGUAAUAAUAAUGAUGAUAAUAAUAAUAAUAAUCACUUGAUCGUGGAGACCUCUCUCUCUCUCUCUCUCUCUCUCUCUCUCUCUCUCUCUCUCUCUCUCUCUCUCUCUCUCUCUCUCUCUUAACGUUAAUUAAAUCAAAUUGAAUCUAGAGACAUCCGUCGGAGCUUCGGUAGUCAAAUAAGUCCCUCAUUUUAAAGUCUCUUUCGUUGAACAUUUUUUUUUUAUGUUUAUGCACUAUGCAAAGAGAUGCGUAUAGGUUUCUAUAUAACUAGGCUUCCUAUAUCGUUUGGCUCCACAUAGUCUAGCACAGACUUUCUCCCAGUUGUCAAUCUUCUUCCGUUUACAUAAUGACUGCAUGAUCGAUAAUUUAUUUUUCACCCACAAUAAUUUCGAGACUCGCCAACUUUUGUUUCCCUUGCACACAUAUUAUGAUCCGCCUUCCUAUGUCCAGCAUACAUAGGGUUUGUGACUCAUGGAUAUAUGUUUAAGUAAUGUAUUUUUAUUUUUUUUCAUCAGGAGAAAGACAUAACCAUUUUGCACAGGGCAUCUGUCAUGUCUCCAUGCUACCUUAUUACUUCAUUUGUUUUGUAUUUUCAUAAUAUUUUACUAUUCACUACAAGGGGCUGAAAAGGCCACUUUGAUGCUACCGAGGUAAAUUUACUUUCUUAGAGCUCACAUGACCGGCAAUAGCUAGAAUGUCUAAGGUUUUUUCACUCCCCUUUUGGAACUAUUUUUGUCCAGUUCCUAUAUCCAAAAACAUUAUUCCUUUCUUAUUUUCGUAUUAUUGGAAUUAGCUGUAUUCCUUCCUUAUUUUCGUGUUAUUGGAAUUAGCUUGUCACGUGUGAUUUCAUAAAAUUAUGAUUAGUACGAAGUUGGCUUCAAUUCAGUGUUCAUGAUUUUUGUUUUGGUAUAAAAGUGUAUUACUUUUGGAUGACCAGGUGUUUUUAGGUUCUGAAAGAGAAUUUUGAGUUUGAACAACUGGUAAUCAAGAUUUCAUUUAAAAACCUUUACAUUCUCUUUUCUGUGCUGUAUGUGGACAUGAUCAAGGUUUCGGUUGGUCUAGUGUGGCUGAGGGCCACGUGCUUUGUUAAGAUUAUUAUUAUUAUGAUGAUAUUAUUAUUACAAUUAUUAAUACUUCCGUGUAUAUCAUAAUUUGUUUGUUUACAUCUACCGCAAAUGCUUCCUCCCAGGUAAACACGCAAACUUGCACCCACACACCGACACAAACAAGCAAAACGCACAUGAAAGCAAAUUUUUGAUAAUUGUUUAGUGGUAGGAGUACCAACCCCCCCAUAUGAAUCACUUUUACUGUAGCAACAGACAUUGUAAGCAUUUCUUCCACCCCCUACCCCUUACCCCUACACCAUUCCCCAUUCCCUCCCCCUCCCCCUCUCCUUACCCUAGGUCAUCAACCAACAAACCCGUUCUCCUUUCUUGCUCAUCGAUUCAUCUCAUGACAUGUAAAUUCACAUUUAUCACUUCAUUUAAAAAGAGAGAAAAAAAAAAGAAAAUAACAAAUCAUCACCUGGCCAUGAUGUCCCGUGUUUCUCAGUGGAUGAUUAUGCACAGUAUAUUUUGUGUGUUAUGGGGGGCGCAUCUCCCCCUUCGGAUCUGGCUGGCGAAAAUAAAGAAUAUAUAUUUACUAAAAUGCUCAUAAAACGAUGUGCAGCGGUCGUUUUUUUUUUUUUCUUUUUUCUUAUUUUCAAUUUUAACUAAGAAGUCUGUCGUAGCUUUUAGUUGAAUAAUCGGUUAGAAAAUUUCCUUUGAUUUUCUCCCAGCGAGACCUAACAGGAGGAGUUUUAUACACUUUGUUUUAAUGAGUUAUAUUAUCAUUUUAUUUUUUGUUGUUGUCUGUAACAUUAUUAUAUUACUGUUGUUUUUAUUGUUACUGCUUGAAUGACUAUUGGUAUUUCUCGGCUUCUUGAUAUUACAAUUAUUAACACUUGUAAAAAAAAAAGUGGGGGAGGGCUCUCUCUCUCUCUCUCUCUCUCUUCUCUCUCUCUCUCUCUCUCUCUCUCUAUCUGUCCGUCUCUUCAAGCCAAUUCUGAUUUGAUUUUACCAAAUUUGAUUUUCUUUCUUCUGGGAAUGGUCCUUCUAUAGUUUAUUGUUUUUCCUUCCUUCCUUCCUUGUUUCCCUCCCAUUCCUCCUUCCCUUUUUCGUGCCGGAGACGGGGGUGAGAUGUGUCAUUCGUUCCGUUGAAACGUCGGUGGAUAAAGAAUCUCCGAGAGAAUAGAAUAUUGAUAAUAUUAAUUGAUAGUUACGUGUAUUUAUUUGGUUAUUUCUGAUGUACAUAAUAAUUAUGUUCUGGUCAUGUCUGUAUUGUAUGAAAAUAUACUCUUUUUGAAGAAA